AGGAGGAGGAGGAGGAGUUCAAUGUGGGCUGGGAAGUUUGUAUUAGUGCCUCGGUGGGGGUUGCAGACCGGGUGACCCCCAUCCCACCCCCACGAUUCACGUGGGGAGGCGGAGACUCCAUCUCGGAUUCACCCAGGCAGGCAGCGCCGGGAGGACCGUCCUGCUACUCACCGCUCCGAAAAACCAACCUCCGAACCAGAGCUGAGUUUCUUCACUGCGUCCGCUUGGUUUACAAUGUGAGAAAUGGCCGGGACGAGCUCUGAUUGGGUGGAGAUUCUGGAGCCUCGCUCCCGCGAGCGCAUGUAUGUCAACCUGACCACGGGCGAAUGCGGCUGGGAUCCCCCUACCGGCGUUCCAGUCCGCCAGGCAGACGGCAACCAGUGGUGGGAACUGUUUGACCCCCACAGCGGCCGCUUUUACUACUACAACUCUACAGGGCGCCGCACAGUCUGGCACCGGCCUCAGGGGGCCGACAUAGUGCCCCUUUCCCAGCUGCAGGCCAUGAAGCGGUGCAGCGACGCCAGGAAGGCCAGCGGGUCAGCGGAGGAGCACCACCACCGCUCCACCACCGGGAGCAUAGGCAGUGUGGGGAGCCAGGGGCGCCGCACCCCUAUGGCCGAACGGGACGACGACGGCCCGUUGCCCAGAGCCCCAGAGCCGUACGAGCAGAGUGCCAACUCCGAGCUGGACCCGGCAGCGGGCGAUCGAACCAAAGGAGAUGGAAGCAGCGCCGAACAUGAAGUGGAGGACGGAAAAGACCCUCAGAGGGAUAAUGCUCAAAGAUGGCAGCCAGCACCUGGUUCUAAAGCAGCUAUGUUGGUGAAGGUGAACAGCAUGCAGCGCGGCCAGCCCAACCCACCUCUUCAGCACAGUGCCCUCAGCAAAGCCAGCACCACUUCCCUCCACCAAUCCUGCAACACACCCAAAGGAGGACACCUGAGCUCCAGCCAGGGCUAUAAAACAGCCCCUUCUGGCAAAAUGGCCAGUGAUGCACGUCAGGCUCACCACAUGAGAAAAUCCAGCAACGGUAGUUUCUGUUUGGCAACGUCGGACGGUGGCCAUCCCAGUCCGCUCCUCCAUAGGUCACAGACUUGCACCCCUCGUCCCGUAUCUCCUCCGUAUGGUAGCACUGCCCCGAUCUAUGAUGAGCCAGUUUCUGACUGUCCCAUAUAUGACGAACCUCCUACAGAUAUGGAAGUAGAGGGGGCACACCUGUACAAUGGACAACAUUUGUCUCGUUUGACACCUACCCAAAGUCUCCAAAAGCCCAGACUUCUCCCUCACCCUCCGUCGUCACAUCCAGGUUCUAGACAUCGGAGAGACCCGUCUUCCUCUGACUACAGCCCAGCUGGUCUGGAGUGUAUCAAGCACAUGGUCAACGUGGACCCCAAACAGGGGCUCCCAUCCAGCUCUCCUCUGCCUGCGCGAGCCGCCUCCCCCACGUCCAGACAGGAGCGUGUUUUGACUCUGCCUCAACCCCAACCUUCGCAACAAUCACGAGGCCAGUUGAGGGACAGAGAGCCAGGAACCCCGGGUCCGAGUUCACUGGACAAAAAGCAUAACUGGCGAAUCCUUGAGGCCACCGUGCAGCGUGCCAUGGACGCACGACACAGCAGGCAGAGCAGCCAGGCCUCGCAAGAUUUCCCGUCUACAACGCCGCAGGCCACAGCAAACUAUCAAGACUCCGGUUACUCAACGGGUCCCUCUCCAAGCUUGAGAAGAAAGAGCCGGAGGAGAAUGGGAGGCAGCGGAGGGGCAGGAGGCCGGCCGGGCUCCGUAGGCAGCAGCGGGGAGCUGUGCGCCCUAAAUGAGAGACUUAUGGCUGAAAUGAGGGAGGUGGUGAGUCGCUCCAACACAAUGAGAGAGGUGAGAGCGGGACUGGACCCGGAGAUGGGGGAGAGGGGCGUUGUACCUCGGACACGCUCCCCCGCCGACUCACUCAGGUGGUUUGGAGGAGGAGUGAGCUCUGCGGGCAGGUGUCCGUCACGAGAGGAUAUCAGCGGUGCGCCGCGGUCACUAAAGGGGACGGCUAACUACGGCCCCCCUGCUUUGACCCCUCUGGAGAUACCAGGGAGGCAAAAAAGAACCUAUGAAAAGGUGGAUACAUUGGAGAUGAGCAUAAACAGCCAGGCCAGCCUGUCUUCACCAGAGACCCCAGGACCACCAUCACAGGCGGGAACCCUAGAGCUACAGGCUCAGCUGGAGAGCAGGAAGAAAGGCAUGGUGGAUGGACGGACGGCGUCUCUAGGUCCGCAUCGUUCUGCCAGCCACGACAACCGAGAAGGAGGCGAUGGAGCAGGAGUCCGAGGAGGAGGAGGGUCCUCCUUCCAGCUCUCUUACGCUACCCUGCGGCAACCUCCGCCGCCGGACAUGGGCAUGGAGGACUGGGCCAGCAAGCACCUCAACAUGCACACGCAGGGGCUGUUCCGGCGCCGCGUCUCUAUCGCCAACAUGCUGUCCUGGAACCGCGGGUCCAUCAAGAAGCCCAUGCUGGUCACCAGCGACCGCGCCAUCAGGAAGGAGGCCUGCGAGAUGUUCAAGCUGGUGCAGGCCUACAUGGGCGACCGGCCGUCGCGCCUCGACCGCCGCCACUGUGCGCUGCUCAUCGUCACCAAGUGCUGGGACAUGCCGGGGCUGCGGGACGAGCUGUACGUGCAGCUGGUGAGGCAGACCACGGGCAACGCCAGCCCCCGGAGCCUGGCGGCGGGGUGGGAGCUCAUGGCCGUCAGCCUGGCCUUCUUUGCGCCCUCGCCGAAGUUUCGCUGCUACCUGGAGGGCUACAUUCAGAGACACACGGAGCCCAACAGCGACAACAAAUGUGAGUCUCAGACUGAGGCACAGGUGACCCAGUUUAUUUUGGAGCAGCAGGAAAUUAAGCUGAAAAAGAACUCGAAGUCCAGAAAGAAGCGGAAACAGAACACAGAGGAGGAAGAAGGCCUUCCUGUCAGCACGUACGCCAAGUUCUGCCAUCGGAAGCUGCUCAAGGUGGCGAUCACUGGAGGCAAAAAGGGUCUGCGCAAGCCCACCUUGGAGGAGAUCGACCACAGCAGACGGGCCAUCAUCACCCCGUCUCUGUUCGGCAGCUCUCUGGAGGAAGUGAUGGAGCGGCAGAGCGAGCUCUUCCCAGACAGGAAGCUGCCCUGGGUGCAGGUCCAGCUGUCCCAGUACGUCCUGGCUCUGGGCGGGGCGCAGACGGAGGGCAUCUUCAGAGUGCCUGGAGACAUUGAUGAAGUCAACGCAUUAAAGCUCCAAGUGGACCAGUGGAGGAUUCCAGAGAAUCUCUCUGACCCCAACGUUCCAGCCUCUCUGAUGAAGCUGUGGUAUCGGGAACUGGAGGAGCCGCUGAUCCCAAUGGACUUCUACAAGCAGUGCAUCAUCAACUGCGACGACCCGGUGGCGGCCAUUGCCGUGGUGCAGUCUCUGCCAGAACUCAACAGACUGGUUCUGUGCUACUUCAUCCACUUCCUUCAGGUAUUCGCCCAGCCGUCCAACGUCGCCGUAACCAAGAUGGAUGUCAACAACCUGGCCAUGGUGAUGGCCCCCAACUGUCUCCGGUGCCACUCGGACGACCCGCGCGUCAUCUUUGAGAACACGCGCAAAGAAAUGUCCUUCCUGCGGAUGCUCAUCGUCCACCUGGACACGGGGUUCAUCGAGGGCGUGGUGUAGACACUGGAAUGCCCAGAGCGCACAUAUCGGUCACACAUUUACAAACCAGCGGAGAAAAAAAAUAAAAUAAAAUCAACACUGUCUCUGUUUAGGUCACACUGGAAACUUGUUGAGGUGAUGUUUUACAGCUCUUAGAAUAUGUGUGUGAAUGCUUGUUUUUUUGGGGGGGUUUUCCAUUUCCAGAAAGACGCUUCAGUUCAGAUUUCUAUUUGUUUAAACGCAGCACGUGAAAACGCUUUAUUUCUAACUAUAGGGCUAUUACUACUGUUACAGCUUGGUCGAGCAAGGUGGGGUUGAAUCGAGAUUCAAGAUCGAAAUCACUCAUUUGUAAAAAAGAAAAAUUAAUUUAAGCAGGUGAAACUUUUUCCCCCCCCAGCUUUCAGGUUUUAUUAAUGUGUGUUUGUGUGGUUUAUCAGUGUGAACAGAAGACACCUUUGGGUUUUUUUUUUUUAUUGUGUAACCCGAAAGUCAAAAGAACUCUUGUAGUCGUGUCUUAUUGGUAGGUUUGCCUCGACUGCUUUUAGUUGUACUGACGUCUGCUUUAGAGAUCAUUUUAUUGAACAAGAAGUAAAGAGAUUUUUUUUUUUCCCCCAAAAUGGAACCUCUCACAAAGCCCGUUUAUGCAAUAAUAAGUAUUUUAUUUGUUGUCAGUCUUUCAGUUGGAAUUGUUCUGUUUUUUUUUUUUUAGCUCAGGUCCUACUGGGGGGAAAAAUGGGUGUUGGAUGAAUAUCGCUGACUGAAAUUCAGUUAAUAACACCUGUAGAGAAAAAUGAAGUGUCGGUGAAAUCUCUUAAAUAUGUAAACUGAGCGGUUUGUAAAUAAAUUCUGUGUGGAAAUUUGUACUAACCUUUUGGAAGUAUAUUCUAAUUAUCUGGGUUAUGGGGUGGGAUGGCUUGUGGGGAUGGAAGAGGGUUCGGUUUCACUCUAAAGAGCAAUAAAAAAGAUGUGUAAGUGAGAGGCUGUGAUUAACAGCUUGUUUUCCUGCUGUAACUGCUUGCUACUUUAACACAAACAGAUUCAAACCACUUUCGGCAUAUGUGUGUUUGCAGACUGUCUUCUCUGUAAUGACUGACUAUAAAUAAAAGUUUGUUCAUUUGUUGAUAAAGUG